AUGGUCUUCUCAGGGCCGUGGAGUGCGCGGAGGAGUCACGGCCUGCAGCCUGCCCAGCGAUGGAGAAGCACACCGGCCCUCCCCGGCGGAGCGGCCGAGGGAGACCCGGGCUCUCGGGGGCUCUGGCCUGGGGCAGGCGCUGGCUGGGCCCAGCGGUUCCAUCUCCGGUCCGACCCUCCGCGGCUUGCGUCCCAGCAGCGCUUCCGUGGCGCAGGUUUCCGGCAGAUCGCCUUGAACAAGGUGGCAGUCCUGCUGCUGGCCGGCGGGCAGGGCACCCGUCUGGGCGUCACCUACCCCAAGGGCAUGUAUCGCGUGGGGCUGCCCAGCGGGAAGACCCUGUACCAGCUGCAGGCCGAGCGGAUCCGGCGCGUGGAGCAGCUGGCCGGGGAGCGCCACGGGACGCGCUGCACCGUGCCCUGGUACAUCAUGACCAGUGAGUUCACACUGGGGCCCACGGCCCAGUUCUUCAGGGAGCACGAGUUCUUCCACCUGGACCCCGCCAACGUGGUUCUCUUCGAGCAGCGCAUGCUGCCCGCAGUGACUUUCGACGGCAGGGCCAUCCUGGAGCGCAAGGACAAGGUCGCCAUGGCCCCAGAUGGCAACGGGGGUCUGUACUGCGCACUGGCAGACCACCAGAUCCUAGAGGACAUGGCGCGCCGGGGAGUGGAGUUUGUGCAUGUGUAUUGUGUUGACAACAUCCUGGUGCGACUGGCAGACCCAGUCUUUAUCGGCUUUUGUGUGCUGCAGGGCGCAGACUGUGGCGCCAAGGUGGUGGAAAAGGCCUACCCCGAGGAGCCUGUGGGCGUGGUGUGCCAGGUGGACGGUGUGCCUCAGGUGGUGGAGUACAGCGAGAUCAGCCCAGAGACUGCUGGGCUGCGCAGCCCAGAGGGCAGCCUGCUGUACAGCGCCGGCAACAUCUGCAACCACUUCUUCACCACAGCCUUCCUCCAGACGGUGGUCAGGGAGUUUGAGCCUUUGCUGAAGCCUCACGUGGCAGUGAAGAAGGUCCCCUACGUAGAUGAGGAGGGAAACCUGGUAAAGCCGCUAAAACCGAACGGGAUAAAGAUGGAGAAGUUUGUGUUUGAUGUGUUCCAGUUUGCUAAGAACUUCGUUGCCUUUGAGGUGCUUCGGGAGGAGGAGUUCUCCCCGCUGAAGAAUGACCACACUGCUGCCCACGACAAUCCCUCCACCGCCAGGCAGGCCCUGCUGACCCAGCACUACCGCUGGGCCCUGCAGGCGGGGGCCGGAUUCCUCGACUCCCACGGAGUCCUGCUUCCUGAGCUGCCCACCCCGCCUCCAGGUGGAGACCCUCCGGCCAUCUGUGAGAUUUCACCCUUGGUGUCUUACUGUGGAGAGGGUUUGGAAGUACUGCGAGGCCAGCAGCUCCCGUCCCUGUUCAUCUUGGAUGAGGCCCAGGCCAAGGUGCUGCAGCCACACAGCACCUGAUGUGCUCCCAGCCAGAGAUCUCAAGGUGGGAGCGAAGGCCAGCCUAGGGCUCUGGCGGGGGGUGCAGUGAUUUACAUCUCCAGCCUGUGGGGCAGGGUCGGGAUGUGCUGGUGUCCUCCCCUCCACCACCCAUUGCCUGUGGAUGCAAGUGACUGCUGGCCUGCUACUGGCUCUUUGGUUUUAUUUCUGGCUGGGAGGGGGCUUCGGGGUGGAGUGAGAGCUGUGGCUUCGUCUGGGGGAGCAGGGUAGGGUGUCCUCUGAAGCUAGUUCUGGCCAAGCAGGCCUGCUCUGCUCUCAGCCCUCCCAGAAUGCAG